AUGGUAGACUCAUAUGGUUCCCCAAGAGCAUAUAGUGCCAGAUCACUAGAGUGUGCUAUUGGUGAGUACUCUCGUUCAAUAAAGAGUAACUCUGCCAUUGGUGUUAAUGCUGGCAACAUUAUGGUUCAUUUAACUUGGACACACCAUAUAGAUCUGAAAGAUUCUGGUGAAGACGCCAAUAGAGCUAUUGUGUUGGAGUACAAUGAUAUGUCUGCUGGUUGGCCAGUGAUGGAGAAGGGCGAGUAUGUUGGUGCCAAAUCAGACAUUGAGUUCUGGGGGCCUUUGAGUCGUAGAUUGAUUGAUGAAAGUUUCGAAGGCAUCUCUUGCCUUCUGAUUCUGAUUCAAGCUUUCUACAAAUCGAAGAGGGUUGAAUGUAGCACAAUUGAACCAGUCAUGACAACAAGCUGCAAGGCUUUUGUUAAUGGCUGUGUGAUUGACUCUUCAUUCACCCAAACCCCGUUAAGAGAGGCCCAUCAUAUUUGUCUACAGGUCCAGAUUGACUUGUUUUAUAAUGUAUGUUGGAGGUAUACUCCUAUCAUAAAAGAUUUUUUUAGUAAGGUUGUUCUCUUUUUUAAGCAUGAGAAUUCUGGAAAAAGAUGGCCACUUGUCUUAGUGCAGGUUUAUUCUGUUGAAGAAUACAAUGGUAUGCUGGUGGCAAAAAAUGGACAAAUGAAGCCAAAGGUAGUCCAUCUGGUAGAUGUCAAGGAGUUGGUUGGUCUGUCAGUCGAAGUUACUUCUAGAAAAAUAUCUGCAAAUACAAUUUCUCUUCUCAAGCUUGCCUUUAAUGAGAUAAAAGAAGAAAUUGCUCUAUUUAUUUGUAUAAGUAGUUCAUCUCUGCCAGUAGACCAUUAUGAGCUUUGCAAACUCAAAUCUGUCAAAAGUUACUUAAGACAUAGACUCUUAGGAAGUAAGACACUGGAAGCAUCCGAGAAAGCAGCUAUGGAACAACAGAAGCCAGAAAGUUGCAGUACUAUUCUGGUUAAGAAACAUAUUGAUGAGAUCAUUAUACCAAAAAAACUUGGAAUUCCAGGAAGUGUCUCGAUGAGUACAGUUUGA